ACAGCUUGGCUGCCUUGCAUCGUGAUCGGGAAAAGCUUGACAGGUCUGGUACCGAGAUACCUGGUCCUCGUAUCGGCUAAAUCACCGGUCACCGGGUCGAGGACAGUCCUUAACAGACCACCGUUGUGAAGACCAAUAUUCAAAUAGAGGGUCGACCUACUGCCAUCACCACCACCCAUCUCUACAAUACACAGAGAUUCUGGGGCAGCGGGUACAGCUUGCGUACAAAGCAUCGACAAGCAAUCCUAAAAAAAUUAAAUGAUAGAAUUUAUUAUAUUGUUCUUUUUAAAAAUGUUUGAUAGUGUAACCUAAAUCUAUCUAUGAUCAUAUUGAUAGCUUCAAAUGAUCUUGUUAACUGGACCUUAUGCCAUAAUUUAUUUUAAUUCUUCAAACUGAAUGAAAACUUCUUAUCUGAAUAGCACUUAUAAGUUGUGAACAUUCUAGAUGUCACAUUAUCUCAAACCAAAUCAGAUUGUGUAUAAUUAUAAUUAAAAAAUAAAAGGAAUUUAAUUCUAAAUCAUUAAUUUUCACUUAUUUUAAAUCAAAUAAUAGGUUUUCGUUCAAUUUGAAAAAAUAAUUACAGCAAUUAAGUCGGAUAAUUAGUUAUAAAUGCAUGUUAAUCAACCAAUAUUCUAAUACAUAAACAAAUGAGUGGCUUCCUACAAAAGAUGGACAACUGUCAUUUUUAAUUAGUUGAGAAAAAGCUUAUUUCCGUAACAUAGCUUAAAUUUAAGCCAGUCCUCACUUUUCUUUUAUGAUUUAACUGAACUGGGACUGUGAUAUAAUAAAUGGCUAUUAUGAAAUCUGUAACUAUUGUAAAUGAUAAAAUUGUCUACUGUAUGGUUUUACCAAGAGUCAUCGCCCGACGGGCUCCAGUUGAUCUAUGGAAUAUACAGUUGCCAAUAAUGGUUAUUCUACGAUGCCAUGGAAACCUUUACACACUAGUGCACGGCCUAACCAUCGUGAGCCGCUCACAGCCAAGGCAGUGCGACUCACAAGCAUCGAAUAAAGAGGAUACGAUACCUAUAUAACACGUUUAUCAUUACAACUGAGAUUUUAUCGCGUGUUGUUGGAAAAAUAUAUACCAAGGUGAAAGACAUGUUAGUGCUAACACCCAACGAUGAACCAACAUUUUAUAUCGCACCCUUACGAGCUAAGGGCAGUUUGUGAGCCUGCCAAGAGCAGAUACUGAGUGCUUUCUAACGUUUACAGUAAACUAAUUAUUAUUGCAGCUUCUUUAAUGCAUUAUAAAUGAAACAAAGUGAUUUAUUAAACAUAAGUACCGCUUUAUAUUAAUAUACUAAUAUAAGUUUGAGAGUAAACAUAAUUGGCAAUAUGAUCUAAAAAAUAAAAAAAACAAUACUGAAAAUGUAUGCUAAUGGUAAUAAUUUUGCCAUUAUCAUUAUCACCUCUAAAUUGACUUGUGGAAAGAUUUAAAAGAUUUUUUGUAGCAUUUAAAAAAAAUUCUAUUCGGCUAAACAUGAGCUGAGCAACUAUAAUACUUAAUUUAGAGAAAAGUAUGGAUCAAAGGUGGUAAAAAAUUAGACAUUAACUAGGACUAAGAAUGAUGUCUGAAUAAACAGGAUUAACUAAAAUGAGCCAUGAUGAAGAAAGAAAAUUUUUGUUUAUCAUUAACACCAGUGUUAUCAUCAUUAUAAUUUUUUUGGGGAUGGUGAAUAGUUAGAAGGCAAUCAGCAGUCCUGAUGAAUGUCACGGCAUGUUACCAGCAGUAAAUGAGUUUAAGUGCUCAUAUAUUCAUAACAUCAGCAACAAUAAAUAUGUUGAAAUGAUAAAUACAAAGUAUAGAAUGUUAUCUGUAGGAAUAUUUUUUUUAGUGUCUACUAAGGCUAAAGCUUGGUUAAACACAAAUGACCACUGUAUGGUUUUACCAAGAGUCAUCGCUCGACGGGCUCCAGUUGGUCUAUGGAAUAUACAGUUGCUGAUUAAGGUUAUUCUACGAUGCCAUGGAAACCUUAACACACUAGUGGAGGGCCUAACCAUCGUGAGCCGCUCACAGCCAAGGCAGUGCGACUCACAAGCAUCAAACUGAUAAUUAUAUUGUAAAACCAUAAAGUAAAUCAUGAAUAAUGAUACAUACUAUCAAUAUGUCAACCUAAGUAGAUAUAUUUUAUAAACUUGGCAAAUAAUUUCUUUUUAAAAAUAAAUUUCCUAAUUUAACCUCCAAAACGAGCUGUAAUCAACAUUUCUCAACUCCUACAGGUACAGAGUUUAGAUCAACUAAUGUAUUAAAAUAACUUGGUUUUCUGAAUAUAUAAUAGCUACUUCAAUUAAAAUUUUUUCGAAUAGCAAAAAAUAAAUAUAAAAAGAUCAAUAUAAACUUACUGACAAUUUUCACAAAAGCAAAAAUGAUUUAGAUAUAAAACUACUUUAAAAAAAUAAACAAUAAUUUUUACUAGCAAAUUAAAUCAUGUGCCUGUCAGAUAUAUCAAAUCACAUCAGUGAAGGGGACAAUCAGCACAGGUCUGUGAUAUAAAUUAAUCAUCAUACAGGCAUAGGCAACAUUGAUCAAAACAACAUUAAUCAAGAACUAUCUAUAAAGUAUAGUAUAAUUCCAUUUUGCCAUUUCAUAAGUUACUGCUAAAUAUAAUCACGAAUAUUUAAAUUGGGCAAUGGAUAAUUUAUGAACAAAUCCGAAGUAUAUGUAUAUAUAUAUAUAUAUAUAUAUAUAUAUAUAUAUAUAUAAAACCUAAGACUGGCUAAUCUCUUUAAUUAUAAUUCUUUGGAGUGGAAUACCUACAUAUGUAGGUACAUGUACAUAUAUUUCCUUCUAGUCUACUGUAAUUUUAUAUUUCAAAUAAAACACUUAACAUUAAAAACAGUAAUUAAUUUUCAUUAAACAUUCAAGUAUUACGCAAAUAUGAAUUAUUUGCCAAUUAUAUAUAUCAUUGGCGUAUACAGUGCUAUCACUGAGUAGUAGUGUCUCGAAAAGUCUGUUCAUAUCAUUAUUUCUAAUUUGUGCACAUUUACCAGUUGCAUUUAUUUAAAUACAGUUGUAAAUUAAAAAAAAAAAAAAUUGGCUACUUAAAUAAUAGUCACUAUAACUUAAUGUUACAAUCUGGACUUUUCAGUUGGCCCCUGUUGUCAUCAAAAUAAAUGUAACAACUGUUACAUACAGGUACGCAAAGGUUUGAUUCAUCAUAAAAACCAGAUUGCUUCAUAGAUAUUUAUACAAUGAUUAUAUCUAUGAUAAAUAUCUUACUACUAGUGUACAUUGAAAAACACAUUCAUGAAAGGAUAAUCAUAAACAAAAUAUAAAUGAAGAAACAGCAACUAAGUAUUAAAAUUAAACCCUUCAUUAAAUAGAUCAACACGCAUGUAACAGGAGAAAAACUAAGAUUUAGGCAGCCAAUUGAAUAUUUUUCUAUAUAACAAAAUGUUAUGGAGGGGAAGAGAAGAGAAGAACUUAUGACCUAUAAGGCGCUAGGUAUUAAUUAGUGUUUUGUUUUUUAAUUUCAUUGCUUUAAAACCAACAGACUGAUAAAUAAUGAAUCAACACGGAAAUUAUAACAAAAAUUUGAAUCACUAAAGUAACAUGUUACUUGUUAAAACAUGACCACCAAUACAAUUUUAACUUAUGAAAUCUGUAACUAUUGUAAAUGAUAAAAUUGUCUACUGUAUGGUUUUACCAAGAGUCAUUGCCCGACGGGCUCCAGUUGGUCUAUGGAAUAUACAGUUGCCAAUAAUGGUUAUUCUAUGAUGCCAUGGAAACCUUUGCACACUAGUGCAGGGCCUAACCAUCGUGAGCCGCUCACAGCCAAGGCAGCGCGACCCACAAGCAUCAAAUUAUCAAAAAAAUCUUUAAAACAUAAAAUUGUGUCAUACUUGGUUCACUCCAAUAAGUACAUAAAUUUGUCAAAUCAGAGGCGACAAGAUGAUAUUCUGUGGCAUUGCCGUUUGGUUAUAAACAACACUGAUCUGCUGUUUAUUGAGAAAACCAACAAUGCUUUACCUUAAAAAUAUAAUCUUGAUUAAAUUUCAGCUAACCUGUGGAUCUAAACAGAUAAUCCUGACUGUGUUAUCUGCCAGGCCAACAGCGACGAACCUAGACAUGUGCUCCCCAGAGGGUGCGUUCCCCAAGGCCAUGCAAACCACCUCGCACUGCAUCUCCUGCCACUGAUUAUACUCCUUCAACUGACCUGUCUAAAAUAAAAAGUUAAAGUAGAACAAAAAUUUUAAUAACUUAGUAGUUUGAAAAAAAUAAUUAGUUAACUAAAUGUAGGAAGGUUUUCCAGCCAAAUAAACCAUUUUAAGAAGUACUUGGAGGAUAGAUCCAACCAACUUUGUUAUGCCAACAUGUGAACACUAACAUUUCUCAGUAAGAAAACGUUAGUUGCCUAUAUGAUGUUGGGUAAAUUAUCAUUUUUAAGAUUUUUUUAUUCUUUAAACAAAUGUUCCUCUAAUUAAAGUUGAUAAACAUUAUUGAAAUAACUUACCGGGUCCAUUUCAAAAUAAACAAGCUCCCCUCCCGUCAAGGCAAUGACGACUUGCCUUCUGUUAACAGCGCACUUGAUGAUCUGCUUCUUGCCGGGUACUUUCCAAUCUUGCAACCUCUUAUCAGAUCUGAUAUGCCUAACUCCUUCAGGAUAAACCUAAACCAAACAUUGAAAAUCAUUAAAACCUAAAAG